AUGACCCCGGACCCCACCGAUCAGAAUGAUUCGGAUGAGGGCAAGAGCAAGGGACGCGAUGGCGACUCCGACCCAAACCUCAAAUCUGCAAUCCUCAAGAUGCUUGAGACUGCUGCAACCACAGCGGCAUCAAUUGCCAUUCUAGGUGCCGCGGGAUACGGUUAUCAUCAGUACUACAAGUACUUGAUCUUGGAGAAGAUAGACAAUGCGUUCAACCCAGGUGAUCCUGCUCUCGAGAUCGCGGGUGUUGUUUCUGGAAAACACAAGUACCGCCACGAGGAGCACUGGGUCGUUCGCAACGAGCAACCCAAGAUUGAUGAUAUUGUAGCUGGGCGACAAGGUGGCCACUACUAUCUAAUGGUUGGUGAAAAGGGAACGGGCAAGACAUCAAUGCUUUUAGAGGCCAUGCGCAAGAUUAAUGGUAACAGCUGUGCAAUGUUCGAAGCGCAUGCUGAUCUCGAGAUCUUCCGAAUCCGACUGGGCAAAGCUUUGGACUACGAGUUCCAUGAGGACUAUGUCGGAAGCCUUUUCAGCAUCCGUGGACCACGAGACACCACGGCUCUCUUGGACAUUGAGCGCGCCUUCAACAAGCUAGAGAAAGUGGCUCUCACCAGAAGGCGGGAUGGCUCGACUCCUCUUAUUUUGAUCAUCAACAGUACCCAUUUACUCCGAGACGACCACGAUGGACAGGAUUUGCUUGAGAUGAUUCAGCAACGUGCCGAGCAAUGGGCUGCGAGUGGCCUCGUCACAACUAUUCUUAACAGCGAUGACUACUGGGUAUACGAGCGCUUGAAGCGUUAUGCAACCCGCAUGGAGGUCAUUCCCGUGACAGACCUGCCUAAGGACAAGGCAAUGCGUGCUUUGAAGAAAUAUCGCCAGCAGUUCCACAACGAAAUACUUCCAUCUACGAUCCUUGAGCAAGUCUAUGACAAGGUCGGUGGUCGGCUAUCCUUCUUGAACCGCGUGGCCAAGUCUGCAGAUAUUAUGAAGACCUGCGAUGAGAUCUGCCUGGCCGAAAAAACAUGGUUCCUAAACAAGUGCUGGAUCCUCGGAAAGGAGAUGGAUGAUGAUGUGAUGGACCAGCAGAAGUAUGCCUCUGGCGCUGUGGUUCUGGCGAAAGCGCUGGUAGACCUUGAGAAAGAGAUGGAAUCAAACUAUCACCACGAGCAAGGCCACAUCUUGCCGCAGAUUCCGCUCCAUAAAGCGCGCGAGAUCAUGACCCGUGCUGACUUUAUCCAAUCUUACGAUCACGAGAACAUCUUCACAAUUGAUUCGCGAGCUAUGGUGCGUGCUGAUUCAGUACCCAUGCAGCGUGCCUUCCAAGAAAUCUGCGCCAUAGAGAACUUCGACCAGCACCUAGACGGUACUAUAGAGCGCAUUGGAGACAUUGAGAGUCUUGGCCGUACUCGCGAAUUGACUAUCAAAGAUCUCUGGGACAAUGCCACCUCGUUUUUCAAAUUUGGAAGUUUCAAAAUGCCAGACAAGACUGCCAGGAAGCGAACUGUGUCGUGGAGCGACAACACGCGACCCGCGCGUGAGCUUGCGAAGACAGCCACUGCCCAGACCUCCCGAUUGGCGUCCAUCCCCUCUCCAGCCCGCUUUAUCCUUGUCGUCUUAAGCAGUCUCGCUGUGAGCUCCCUUUUGUUCACACUCACAUCGACCUUCACGGUAGGCGAUCUCGGGCCUAUCAGCAAACACCUGGAAGAAUGGUGGGAAGUGGGGGGCUUGAUAGCAUGGAGAGCUGUGGAGGUCGGAUUAGCCUGGGUUCUAGGAUUCGAUGGCUGUGAUGUGGCAUCGUUCUUAUUCCUGACCCACCUGCCAACAUACUCUCUCUUGUCCUUUUUCUACGGCAUCCGUCCGACUUCUGCACUGCUAGCUUAUGGUGUCACAAUUGUCUCGACGGCGCUUCCCUUCGUCCUCCUGCGCCGGCCCUCGUCCGUCCACAAUCUUUCGCAUAUCCCUGCUGAUGCAGUUGCCAACCGAAACAUUCUACAAGACAAGACUACCACUGUCUUUACGACGCUUCUGGCAACCUCGAUUUUCAGUGUUGUACUGUACGCCAGCUAUGCGACUUGGCUUCCUAGCCAGCUGGUCGUUCACUUCGAGGGCCUCCCGGAUAUCAGCGCAGCGCAUGCUGGUCCCGCUGGCUUGCCUAUCCUCUUCCUGACGCUGAUUCCUGCUGGUUGGGCCGCGCGCGACUUUUUGUUUGUCAGUUCUACUGGCUAUUCAACUACUUCCGCUGGGUCUGCAUGCUGCCAGGGUAGUGAAUGUGUGUCUGCGACCAUUUGCCGCAACACCUGGGGCAAAUUGUCCCCCAAGACGAGAGUUUUGGUUUCUCGGUCCAUUAUCCUUGCGCUCGGAGUCCUGCUCAACACUGUUAUUCAAGUGGCCGGCACAAUCCGCGAUGUCUCUAUCGAAGGUUCUGCCGCUUGGGGAGCAGUUUGGGCAUUUGCGACACUGGUCGUGGGAGCAACCUUUGGCUGGAUCGAGGCCGUUGAUGGUGUAUGA